CCUCGGUGAGCAGUAGCAAAGCGUGAGAAAGAGAGAGAGAGAGAGAGAGAGAGAUGGACAGAAUAGAGCAAGGCCUUGAAGCGUCUCUGCUUCCAACGUCUGAAGAAAAUGCGAUUGAUGAAAACCGAAGGAAGCUCAUGGGAACAGAGGUUAUUGCAGAAGCGAAGAAGCAAGCAUGGUUAGCAGGGCCUCUGAUAUCAGUUAAUCUGUUGCUCUUUUGUUUGCAGAUGAUAUCUGUCAUGUUCGUGGGUCAUCUUGGAGAGCUAGCUCUUGCUGCUGCUUCCAUGGCCACAUCCUUUGCAUCAGUCACUGGUUUCUCCCUCUUGAUGGGGAUGGCAAGUGCAUUGGAUACGUUUUGUGGUCAGUCUUAUGGAGCAAAACAGCAUCACAUGCUUGGAAUACAUCUGCAGAGGGCAAUAUUUGUUCUUUUACUUGUCAGCAUUCCCCUCUCCCUCAUCUGGGCUAACAGUGGCCACAUUCUUGUAGCCUUAGGCCAAGACCCAGAAAUAGCAGCAGAAGCAGGACGCUAUGCUCGUUUCAUGAUCCCCAGCAUUUUUGCUUAUGGCCCCCUUCAGUGUCAUGUCAGAUUCCUCCAAGCACAGAAUAUUGUAUUCCCAAUGAUGAUAAGCUCUGGAGUCACAACUUUACUACACAUCCUUGCUUGCUGGGUCCUAAUUUUCAAAUCUGGCCUCGGCAAUAGAGGUGCUGCCUUGGCAAAUGCCAUAUCUUAUUGGAUCAACCUUUUGUCAUUAGCAUUUUAUGUCAACUUCUCUCCCACCUGCAAGAAGACUUGGACUGGUUUGUCAAAUGAGACACUGCACAUGCACAAUCUACUCAACUUUCUAAGGCUUGCGUUUCCUUCAGCUGUUAUGGUCUGCUUGGAAACCUGGUCAUUUGAGAUGAUGGUUCUUCUAUCUGGUCUUCUUCCUAAUCCAAGACUAGAAACAUCAGUGUUGUCAAUUUGCUUUAACACAAGUUCACUGAUUUAUAUGAUUCCUUUUGGACUCAGCGGUGCUAUAAGCACAAGAGUAUCUAAUGAACUGGGUGCCCAACGUCCAAAAGCAGCAAGUCUAGCUGUACGUAUUACUAUGUUUAUGGUACUUUCAGAGGGCUUACUCGUAGGGUUGAUUAUGAUCUUGCUUCGUAGAGCUUGGGGUUAUUGUUAUAGCAGUCAAGAAGAAGUAGUGAAAUAUGUAGAAAAUAUGAUACCACUGCUUGCCAUCUCCUACUUGCUCGAUGGAAUUCAAUCUGUGCUUUCAGGCACAGCUAGAGGAUGUGGCUGGCAGAAGAUUGGUGCCUUUGUCAAUCUUGGAGCUUUUUAUCUUGUGGGCAUUCCUUCUUCCAUAUUAUUUGCUUUUGUCAUGCAUAUUGGAGGGAAGGGACUGUGGAUGGGGAUUAUAUGUGCACUCUUUGUACAAGGAUUAUCUCUUCUUGUCAUAACCCUACACAGUAAUUGGGAGCACGAAGCAAAGAAGGCAAAUGACAGAGUCUACAGUUCCAUCCAAUAAAUUCUGCAUCAUGACAAAUCAAAGACAAGAAGCAGUUGAGAUUAGACAACAGAAAAUGUUUGGGCUUUGGAGCAAUAGAAGAUAUAAUCAGACAAACAUGUACUUCGUGGAAUUUAUCUCCCAUAACAGACCAACAUUCGAUCAGUAUAUGGAAGACCAAAGGAUGCAGUGCAUCUUAUGAAAACAAAUAUUUCAAAAUAAAAUUUAGUUUCUUGUAAGCAAAC